AUGGAUUACUUUCCAAAUGGUCCAACACACAUCUGGAAUAACAUAAUGGACACACAGGUGCACAACAAUACGGAGAAUAUCUCGAACAUGAUGAACCUAAAUGCACAGAUGUAUGAUUCUGAUAAAAUGGCUAGCUAUGGAUUAGGCAAUUUUCAAAAUAUGACAAGUAACGAUUACAUGGGGCAUAAUAAAGACGCGCAGUUGUUUUUACCCAAAUGUGGAAAUAACGAGAAUGAUGCGAAUUUCCUUGUGUCCAGUUCGAACGGAGGAAGGGGGACAGAAGGGGGAGAGCAUGGAGAUGGCGUCUACCCAAUUACCAUUGAAGAAAAGGAGGAAGACAACAAGGUGGGCUCCUCCACCGACAUGCGAAUUGGUGAAAUGGGGCACAGUGUGGAAAUGGCCACGUGCAGCAACAGAAUGAACGUUGCCAAUUCUGCAACCCCCCUACGUGUAAACCUCCAAGCGCAACUUCCAGGUGGAGGACCAUCCCCCUUUGACGACGCCAGGUUUAACCACAUGAUGCAAAUGGGUCCCCAAGAGGACGACUAUUUCUCCGACUCAGGUCACAAUGAAUUGUACAAAAAAAUAAUAAGUGGUAAAAAUAAUAUUGAAUUAUUCGACCAAGUGAAGGAGAGUGAAUUUUCCUCCGACGAAAGCGAAGGGUACGAAUUAAACUGUUGCAUCCAUAGCAAAAGCACUAAUCCAUAUUUCUACAGAAAUUACGAAGCGACAACUACGAGUAGGUAUCUCAGGGAAUACAAAUAUUUAAUAAGCAAAUUUACUGCGCCGAUUUUUUCGAACGUGGAAGCAAGCAAGGAAGAAAUGGAGAAGUUUAUUCAAGAGCUUAUCAUUAACAGAACUGAACAGGGAGAGUCGGGAGUUUCCACACUGCAGGGCGUGGUUGGGAUGACCCCAAGUGUGCACGCGGUAAUGAAGGAACAAGUGCAGAGUCGUAAAAAUUUGGGUAAACACGUGGGUAAGUAUUACGAUGCAGCAGGUGGGGGGGGCGUCAGACGGGGUGACGACGGAGAGCGGCAUGUGGAACAGCGUGUCGGUGAAGAUGCAAGUGUGCAUUCUGUUGACCACUCGGAUGAGCGCUCGGACGAGGACGACCACGAUAUGAGCGAAUCUAGAACCACAAGCCGAAAUGUACACCACGCAGAAAUGCAGAGCAACCAAAUUAUAGUAAGUAAAAAAACAGUCCACUGUAACCCCAUAGCCAAAUUUGAUGACCCCACCCUUCCUUCUAUCCCAUUCGAUUCUGCAUUAAAAAAAUACGUGUCCGAUAAGUUAUAUAAAAGGGUAAAGGAUCUGUUCGAAGUGAGACCCAUCUGGUCAAAGGAAGUCAUAUUGGAACAUCUUGACAGUGUGAGCACAUACUGCCUCAAGAGUUGCUUCUCGCGCAUUUGCUUCUACUUCGCGGAUGGCCCCUGGAGACGCACCUAUUGUAAAUAUGGGUACGACCCGCGGAAGGACCCCUCCAGUUAUAUCUACCAAACCAUAGAUUUUAGGGACAACUACUUUAGAGAGAUUAAGAUGAAGAGUGCAAAUGAAAUGAACAGAAUUAUUCUAAAGAGAAAAAACUUUAUCGAUAGGGUAGUUACAAAAAUUAUCAAAAGGGUAAAUGUUUCGGGUACGAGGAACACAAAUAAAAAGGACAAACGCGAGGGCACUUCUCAAAAUGGGAGUAACACAAUAAGCGUGAAAAAAGAAUCUCACACGGAUCAAGCAGAUAGGGAUGAAAACGAAAAAAGAGAUUUUAACAUAUAUUCCGAAUGGCGGCAAAGUUUCCCCCAACAUUCUGACGACCAUGCUGCGGUUCCAAAUGGAGACAAAUCUGGCUACGAUCCAUCAACGAGUAACCAGUACCCGAAAGACAUAAAUGAUCUUAAAAAUAUGUUCGACGUAUAUUCAAGUGCUGUUUCGUCAAAUGAUGAAAUUACUCCACAAAUGGAUGAAGAAAUUAAUGACAUCUUUCAGUUUUUAAAAAAAUCCAUCACCUGUCAUUUCAGAAAAAGUUUUUCAGCGGAGUCCCACUUUUCCGUGAGCCCUCUGAAACUUUCAACGGUGUAUCAAUACGUAGACAUAUACGACAACAACGUCGCAGAUUAUUUAUCCAAUUUGAGGACUCAGGACGUGUGUACGAAGGAUUACGGGUGGAUGAGCAGCAACGAUAUCGCCAAAAUUAGGGACAUUCUGUUCGUCCGGUCGGCGACGCUGAGGCGGGCCCACAUAAAGUGA